AUGAUAGGAAUAACUGCGAAACGUAAUAAUCCAAUUCGCAGUAUCUUACAACAAUCAGCAUUGUCAAUUACUCAAGGAAAUACGUCUCAACGUCGAAUAUUACCCAGCGUCAGCGUUAACAAAGCAAAAAUCUCUAGACGAAUGUCUCGUGAAACUAAUGCAAUUGUUCCAAUUUCCACAAGUCGACCGCGUUCACAAACCACAAAUAGUGAUGAAGAAUUAGGUGAAAUUAAAGAAAACAGUGACAAACUGAGUGAAAACGUCGGAUGGUUUGGUGCAUCUAGGUUUUCCUGUGUUGUAUUAUUUGUGUCAUUGGGAUUAUUAGGUGUGCUUGCCUUAGGAGGGUUACUGACUGCAAUGAUACUCUACAUCAUGGAUAGUUCGAGUAAUGCUGUAUGGAAAAUAUUGGGCAUUAUAAUCUGUGCCACCGUUAUCAUUAGUGUUUGUGUUGGUAUUCUAUAUUUGAUCGGUAUCUACUACAAAAAUCAACGAAGUUUAGACGAUGAUUCUGACAGCGAAAAGGAAGAAAAGCAGAAGGAUACAGUAAAAAAACUGGUUGAAAAUAAAGCAAACGAUUCUUCCACUAAUCCGAAUCAUACUAAGCUUGAUCAAAAGGUUUUGAAGAAAGAUAACAACCAAACUAAUUCAAAUCAUCUGUAUGCUAAUAACAGUAAUAAUGCAAAUAAUCCCGGUCAGCAGUAUCUUAACGGAAGUGUCAAUCAUCAGUACUCAAACGGAGAAUCUGUACCAUCAUCUUUGUCUUAUGGACAAUCAACAACUCCAGUCAAAGCAGAGAGGAAAACCAAUGGUAAACAAAGGUAUACAGGAACAUCAGUAACAACUGUUAAAGUGUUGAAACAACAACAACAAUCGCCUCAACUAGGAUCAUCCGAUCAACAACAACUGGUACAUUCAGCGAGGGUCAUACCUCGACCAAUAAUUGUUCAGGUUCAAGACCAACAAAGCCGGAACCAAUUGCCUGAACACACCCAAAUAUCGACGUUUAAAAUUCAACCAAACGUCACAUAUCAACCAGUACCUCAAUACCAGUCUUCAGUACAUCAACAUUCGCAAACGAAGCAAGGUGUACCGGUCUUUAACUUGAUCGAACAAAAACAACUUCCUCCAUCACCCUCUCAGCCAGUUGUGCCAGAAGAAGAAUUUUACGAACUGAACAAAUUCUACUAG